AUGUCUCUUGCACAGAAGCAGAAGUCUGGUCUCGAGAUCGAUUCCAAUGUGGUACAGCCAGAGAAUCGGAACGCUUACGCAACGCCUUCACCCGGCAGCUCUAAUCGUGAUGCCGCGUUGACUCCUGUCGAUACGGGCAUGCUCGUCGUCAAAGAUGAGGGGACUAGUUAUAUUGACAGUGCACAUUGGCGCGCUAUUCUGGAAGAGAUUAAUGGUAUGAAAGAAUAUCUUGACGAGGAUAAAGAAACUUCCGACGAUGAAGGCGUCGAGAUUGACCCGUACGAUGACUCGUCGCCAGCUCUGCUGUUUGGUCAUGGUCGUCCGGCAAGCAAAGAGGAGAUGCUUAUGGAUAUCCCUCCACGGUCAAUAACCGACCGACUAGUCUCUCGAUUCCUCAAGACAUCUGAACCGGGACGAGUGUCAAUCCAUGUUCCCACGUUUCAGAGAGAGUACGAGGAGUUCUGGCUGCGCCCAGCAGAGAAAUCAUUUACUUGGAUUUCUCUCUUAUACUCGAUUAUGGCGUUAUCUGUCUCUCUAUAUCAUCAAGGCCCAGAGCUAUCGUCUUCUACCAUGGAGGAUCCCGUCAGGUCAUGGGCUAUAUUCCGGAAAAGGUCCGCGCAGUGUCUUAUCCAAGCGAACUACAUCACCCCAGGGCGAUACAAAGGAGAAGCACUAUUACUUUACUCACUCACCGAGUUCUACCGGAGCCAGGAUACGCAGAUUGGAAUGUCCUAUUUGCUCGGGAUUACUAUUCGCCUGACUAUGCGCAUGGGUUAUCAUCGUGAUCCGCGCCAUUACCCCAUGCUAUCUGCCUUGGAUGGGGAAAUGCGCCGGCGUCUCUGGGCCUUGCUCGUUCAGCUUGACACUUUGAGCUCAUUUCAAGCUGGUGUCCCUCGAACAAUCCAGCCCUGGCAAUAUGACACAGAGUUGCCCUCUAACUUAUUAGACACCGACUUCGACGAGAGCACCGUUACAUUGCCACCAAGCAGGCCACAGCAUGAAGGGACAGAUUGCUCGUACACGAGGACCAAAUCUCACAUCAUGAGCGUUUUUGGCCAUAUAACAGACCUAGCAUUCUCUCGCGAGCACUCAUCCUACGAUGAUAUCAUGGAAAUCGACCGUCGUUUAGAGACCGCACAUGAUAUGGUACCCCCCACCUUGGAAAUUCGACCAAUGACGCAGUGUAUCGCAGACCCAGCAGAAUUAACCAUAAGGCGAUUCGCGCUAGAGCUUAUGUAUCAAACAGCACGCCUCGUCCUGCAUCGCCGGUAUAUCGCCGAGACUAAUCCCAAAUUCGCUUACUCGCGAUCUGUCUGCCUGGCCGCAGCUCGGGACGCGCUUCAAUACCACACAGAGGUCUGGACCGAGUUCAUGCCGGGUGGUCAGUUGUACGCAGAGCGAUACUUUCUCACCCCCCUCCAGAAUUCCUUUUUGCUCUCGGCAAUGAUUCUUUGUCUUGAGAUGUCCCAGGAUGCAGAUCGUGGUGAUGCUGCACGCCUCGGGCCUCAAGAACGCGCAGACUUCUUGCUUCUUCUGAAAAAUACCCAUCGCAUAUUCAUGGACCCCCGUCAACGGUCUGUAGAUACUCAGCGAGCAGUGAAUGCUUUGAAUAUCAUGCUCAAACGGGUGAAGAAAGGUGGAUUUCAACAUUCCAGUUCGACUGCUGAGCAACCAACGGCGCCCAUGGAUAAUAGUAUCUCCGUCCAGUCCACCGUUGCAGAAGCCUUUGGUCAGAAAUACUCAACAUACCCAUCCAAUAUUGGCGAACUGCAGUCCGCAAUACCCAACCCCGCUCAGACGCCGUCAUGCAACUCCCUGGGGGUCAUUGAAGACAUGCUUGAUAUACCCGCUCAACUCGACUGGAAUCUGUACGACAGUCACAUUUCAGGUAUCGAAAUGGCCACCAAUAACAACACCUGGUACCCCGAUGAUCCAGCAACUUCGUACGAUUUUGGUGCGUAUCCUCAUGGCGUAUCGCCGAUGGAUCAUCAGAGCUACUAG